AGCAACAACAACAACAGAGGCAUCAUCGUCGUCGUCAUCACCACCCCAAAACUCAAAAGAGUCAAAGCUUCAAACCGUUCUUCUUCUUCUAUAUCUUUGCAAUCUCGUUUUCUCUCUCCUACUUUCUCUCUCUUCAACCCUUUCCCUCAAAGUUCCUAAAUUUUUCUUAUCAGGUGUGCCCGAACUUUCCUUUUAGCCAUCUUCAACCCCGUUUCCCGUUAUUGCCAAAACCCCUCUUUUUCGGAAUUCCUAAUCGGAAACCCUAGCUCCCAAUACCCCAUAAUUUCAUCUCCACAAUUAGCUUCCGAACAAGGGGAAAAACAAAAAAAAGUGAAAAGGUUCAGGAUUUCGCCGCUCAAAAACCCUAGUUUUGGAUCUUGCUUUGCAGUUCAAAUUUUGGCGCUUUUUCUCGCAUUAGGUUCAGUUUUUAGGUUUUGAAAUUACAGGUUGAACCCCAUGUGGAUAGCUUGGAUUUGGUGUGAAGUGCGAUUUUUAGACGAUUAAGCAGUUUAGCUAUUACAGCUCCUUGCAGUGGUAUGAUGCCGAGGGCAGUAUGCUGGUUAUAGUUUGGGGAAAUGCAAAGGUAUCAUGCUGGCAGCUGCACUAGUGCAGUUAAUAACAGUACAAUAGGUGGGCCAUCUGCUAGAGACACUGGAAGAUCUGAUUCACCUUCUUUGCCAGCUAACUUCUCUGUAAGUUCAAGGCGACAACCACCGCUAAACCCAUACAAGUUGAAGUGUGAUAAAGAACCCUUGAACUCUAGGCUUGGGGCACCAGACUUUCAUCCCCAAACACCAACUUGUCCAGAGGAGACUCUAACAAGAGAAUAUUUGCAAUCUGGAUACAGGGAUGCAGUUGAGGGACUUGAGGAAGCUAGAGAAAUUUCGCUGACCCAGGUUCCACAUUUUAACAAGGCAGUUGUUCUUAAUUGCAAAGAGGCCAUUAGAAAAUGUCUUAGGGCCAUCAAUGAAUCUCGUGCUCAGAAGAGGAAGGCUGGCCAAGUGUAUGGUGUGGCUCUUUCAGGAUCACAACUUGCUAGGUCUGGCGUUUUCCCUGAACUAAGACCCAGUGGUGAGGACUUCCGGAAGAAAUGGAUUGAGGGCUUAUCACAACAGCACAAGCGAUUACGCUCGUUGGCUGAUCAUGUUCCUCAUGGUUAUAAAAGGGCAUCACUUUUAGAGGUUCUUAUCAGGAAUAAUGUUCCAUUGCUCAGAGCCACCUGGUUUAUCAAGGUUACUUACCUCAAUCAGGUUCGACCUGGUUCUGUUGGUAUAUCUUCUGGGACUGCUGACAAAAUUCAGCUGUCUCGCUCUGAGGUUUGGACCAAAGAUGUUAUCAAUUACUUGCAAACUCUUCUGGAUGAAUUUUUCUCAAAGAAUACUUCUCAUUCUACUCCUCAUAGUCGAGAACGAUCACCACAAGUGCCUUAUACUGGAUCUCUUCAGCAUAAAAGUGAUCCAUUCUUAUCAGUUUCUGAUGGUGAAGAUCCAUCCUUACAUUUUAGAUGGUGGUAUAUGGUGCGGCUUCUGCAAUGGCAUCAUGGUGAAGGGUUGCUUCUUUCUUCUCUUGUCAUUGAUUGGGUGUUGAAUCAACUACAGGAAAAGGAACUGCUUGAGGUUUGGCAGCUGUUAUUGCCUAUUAUAUAUGGUUUUUUAGAAACUAUUGUUCUAUCUCAAACUUAUGUGCGCACUCUUGCUGGAUUAGCUCUCCAAGUCAUUCGUGAUCCUGCUCCAGGUGGUUCAGAUCUAGUUGAUAAUUCCAGGAGGGCAUAUACAACUUAUGCUCUGAUUGAAAUGCUCCGGUAUUUGAUACUUGUGGUGCCAGAUACUUUUGUUGCUUUGGAUUACUUUCCUUUACCAUCCUCCAUAGUUUCACAUUCAAUGAAUGAUGGGAGUUUUGUACUAAAGUCAACUGAAUCGUCAGGGAGGAUAAAAAAUAGUUCAGAUGAUUUUGGUAAAAUUAUUUCAUGCAUUCAGAGACAUACAGAAGAUCUUGCAAAGGCUGCAAACCCAGGCUAUCCAGGUCAUUGUCUGGCUAAAGUUGCAAAGGCCUUAGAUAAAUCUCUUGUGCUGGGUGAUUUACGCAUGGCAUAUAAAUUUCUUUUUGAAGAUCUUUUUGGUGGAACUGUAUCUGAAGGUUGGGUUGCAAAAGUCAGCCCUUGCUUAAGGUUAUCUCUGAAAUGGUUUGGGACUGUAAAUACACCCCUUAUAUAUUCAGUAUUUUUCCUUUGUGAGUGGGCAACGUGUGAUUUCCGGGAUUUUCGUUCUACUCCUCCUCACGACAUAAAGUUUACAGGUAGGAAAGAUCUUUCCCAAGUGCAUAUAGCUGUUAGACUUUUAAAGAUGAAUAUGAGAGAUGCAAAAAUUUCAUUUAAACAAACAAAUGAGAGAAUUCAAAGAGCUGGUCAUUUUUCAAAAAAUUCAAGUCAACGGCAUAAUUGGAAUUAUGUGGGUAAUGUAUCCAAAUUGAAAUCUAGUUCAAAAUGUGUGGACCAGAGUACCAGUCCUUCAGUUAUAUUUGAAAGCCCGGGUCCUCUCCAUGAUAUUAUAGUUUGUUGGAUUGAUCAGCAUGUGGUGCACAGAGGGGAAGGUCCCAAGCGCCUACAUCUAUUUAUAGUGGAACUCAUAAGUGCAGGCAUCUUUUACCCCUUGGCAUAUGUACGGCAGCUGAUAGUGAGUGGGAUCAUGGAUAUGAAUGUCAAUGCUGUUGACCUGGAGCGACAGAAGAGACACUAUCGCAUCUUAAAGCAGCUACCUGGACGCUUUGUCCAUGAUGCUUUGGAGGAAUUAGGGAUUGUUGAAGGGCCACAGCUCAAAGAAGCCUUGCAAAUUUACUUGAAUGAACGCCGCCUCAUACUUCGUGGUCCUUUGAGUCAGUCCCAUGAUGAUGCCAGUGGUGCCAAUUUAUCUGCUUCGAAGCAAAAGCAAUAUCCAGCUUCUACAAAGGGUGGAGUUUUGAAAGUGCCAAUUGAUCAGAGAAGAACUGCUAUUUCUAACACAAUAUCUUCAAAAAAUGCAAAGGAUGAUGCUAACGUUGAAGAACUAAAAACAGCCAUCUCAGUACUGCUACAGCUACCUAAUUGUUUAUCUAAUUUAAGCACUACAGGCUCUGAUGAAUCUGAAGGCAAUGUUAGGAAACCUAUCUGGUCUCAUUACAGCAAGAUUGAUUCUGUGGAGGCUACACCUGGGUGUGAAGAAUGUAGCAGAGCAAAGAGACAAAGGUUAAACGAGGAAAGAAGCUCAUUUGUUCAAGGGCAUUCUCCAGUUCAUUCCGAUGAUGAUGAUACAUGGUGGGUGAAGAAGGGAAUGAAAUCCUCGGAGCCUCUCAAAGUUGAUCAACCACAAAAGUCAACCAAGCAGGUGACUAAGAGUCGACAAAAGAAUGUCCGUAAAACUCAGAGUCUUGCUCAGCUGGCAGCUUCUAGAAUUGAGGGUAGCCAAGGGGCGUCAACUAGUCAUGUGUGUGAUAACAAGGUAAGCUGUCCUCACCAUAGAUCUGCUACAGAUGGAGAUGGGCUGAGGUCUGUGGAUAGCAUACGAACAAGUAAUUAUGGGGAUGUAGUUUCCAUUGGAAAAGCACUAAAGCAGCUUCGCUUUGUUGAGAAAAGAGCAAUAGCAGUUUGGCUGUUGACUGUGGUCAGGCAGGUAGUUGAAGAGAGAGAGAAAAAUCUUGGUAAAACUGGUCAGUUUGGCAGGCCUUUUUCCAUGGUGGAGGAUAGAAGCUCAAUACGGUGGAAACUUGGUGAGGAUGAACUUUCAACAAUACUUUAUUUGAUGGAUAUUUCUGAUGAUUUGGUAUCAGCUGUCAAGUUCCUCCUUUGGUUGCUACCAAAGGUUCUUAAUAGCCCCAAUUCUACAAUUCAUAGUGGGAGGAAUGUUUUGAUGCUGCCAAGGAAUGCGGAAAACCAAGUUUGUGAUGUGGGAGAAGCAUUUCUGCUAUCAUCACUAAGAAGGUAUGAGAACAUUCUUGUUGCAGCAGACCUUAUUCCUGAAGCUUUGUCAUCUGCAAUGCAUCGUGCUGGCACUAUUAUUGCAUCUAAUGGAAGGGUUUCAGGUUCAGGAUCUCUAGCUUUUGCUCGGUAUUUAUUUAAAAAAUACAGCAAUGUGGCUAGUGUCAUUGAGUGGGAGAAAACAUUUAAGACUACAUGUGAUGCAAGACUUUCCUCUGAACUUGAGUCUGGUAGAGUGGAUGGAGAGAUAGGGUUGCCCUUAGGAGUUCCAGCUGGAAUUGAGGACCCUGAUGAUUUUUUCCGUCAGAAGAUAAGUGGCGGUCGGUUGCCAUCCAGAGUUGGUGCAGGCAUGAGGGACAUAGUGCAGCGUAAUGUUGAAGAUGCAUUCCCCUAUCUUUUUGGAAAGGAUAGAAAGAUUUUUGCUGCUGGUACACCAAAAGGUCCUGCUUUAGAAAAAUGGGAUAGUGUAUAUCAAAUUGCUCAAAAAAUAGUUAUGGGUCUGAUUGAUUGCAUAAGGCAGACUGGUGGGGCUGCUCAGGAAGGAGAUCCCUCUUUGGUCUCAUCUGCUGUUUCUGCAAUUGUUGUUAGUGUUGGUCCAACUUUAGCAAAAAUGCCUGAUUUUUCAUCUGGCAAUAAUCAUUCAAAUAUAAUGUCAGGUACAAGUUCAUUGAAUUAUGCUGGAUGCAUUCUGCGAAUGCAUAUAACCUGUCUCUGCCUGCUUAAGGAAGCCCUAGGAGAACGCCAAAGCCGUGUAUUUGAUAUUGCUCUUGCAGCUGAAGCUUCUAAUGCUCUUGCUGGUGUUUUUACACCAAGUAAAGCAUCUCGAGCUCAGUUUCAGAUGUCUCCUGAAGCCCAUGAUACUAGUAACUCUAUUUCAAAUGAUAUAGGAAGCAACCCUAAUAAAGUUGUGGUUGCAAAAGCAACAAAAAUUGCUGCUUCUGUUUCUGCCCUUCUUGUUGGUGCAAUUUUAUAUGGUGUUACCGGCCUGGAAAGAAUGGUAACCGUUCUCAGAUUAAAGGAGGGGCUAGAUGUGGUACAAUUUUUAAGAAGCACAAGAUCCAAUUCAAAUGGAAAUGCUCGUUCAGUUAUGGCUUUUAAGGCAGAUAGUUCAAUUGAAGUUCAUGUCCAUUGGUUUAGAUUGCUUGUUGGAAACUGCAGAACAAUCUGUGAAGGGUUAGUGGCAGAACUCUUGGGUGAGCCAUCUAUUAUGGCUCUUUCAAGGAUGCAACGUAUGCUUCCUCUAAACUUGGUCUUUCCUCCUGCCUAUUCAAUAUUUGCCUUUGUUAAAUGGCGGCCCUUCAUUCAGAAUGCUAAUGUCACAGUUCGUGAAGACAUAAAUCAACUUUACCAGUCUCUAACAAUGGCCAUAACUGAUGCUAUAAAACAUUUGCCUUUUCGAGAUGUAUGUUUUAGAGACUGUCAGGGUCUGUAUGAUCUUAUGGCUGCAAAUGGAAGUGAUUCUGAAUUUGCAACCUUGCUCGAGUUGAAUGGUUCUGAUAUGCAUUUAAAAUCUACGGCAUUUGUUCCUCUACGCUCCAGGCUUUUUCUAAAUGCCAUGAUUGAUUGUAAGAUGCCACAAUCUGUUUAUUCAAAAGAUGAUGGGAGCCGGAUUUCUGGACCUGGUGAAUCUAAAAUUAAGUUCACAGAUCGUGAGUCUAAGCUUCAGGAUAUGCUUGUGCAUGUUUUGGAUACCAUGCAACCUGCCAAAUUUCACUGGCAGUGGGUCACACUCAGGUUGCUUUUAAAUGAACAAGCCCUCAUUGAAAAACUGGAGUCUCAUGAUAUGUCUUUAGCUGAUGCUAUACAGUUGUCCUCACCUAGUCCAGAGAAGGCUGCUGCUGCUUCUGAGAACGAGAACAAUUUCAUUCAAAUACUUCUCACAAGGUUGCUGGUUAGACCUGAUGCUGCUCCCCUUUUCUCAGAGUUGAUUCAUCUCUUUGGUAGGUCACUAGAGGAUUCAAUGUUGUUGCAAGCUAAAUGGUUCCUUGGAGGUCAGGAUGUUCUCUUUGGUCGGAAGACCAUCAGACAAAGACUACAUAACAUUGCUGAGAGUAAAGGACUCUCUGUUAAGGCCCAAUUUUGGGAGCCAUGGGGUUGGUGUAGUCCAUGUACUGAUCAAGGGACUAUCAAAGGGGAUAAAAAGAAGUUUGAUACUGCAUCUCUUGAGGAAGGAGAAGUUGUUGAAGAGGGAAUGGAUUUGAAAAGGUGCCUCAGAGGGUUAUCUCAAGUGUCUGACACUGAAAACUCAAGCUGUAACCAGCAGCAAGUGACUGAAAGGGCUCUUAUUGAGUUACUUCUUCCUUGCAUAGAUCAAAGCUCUGACGAAUCCCGCAAUUCCUUUGCAAAUGAUUUGGUGAAACAGCUAAGUUAUAUUGAGCAACAAAUAACUGCUGUUACUGGUGGAAGUAAGGCAGUGGGAGCUGCUCCUCCCGGUGUGGAAGGUCAGACAAAUAAAGUAAAUAAUCGCAAAACUAUGAGAGGUGGAAGCCCUGGAUUAGCUAGACGACCAACAAUGGCAGCAGAUUCUUCCCCACCAUCUCCAGCAGCCCUUCGAGCUUCUAUGUCAUUACGUUUGCAGUUACUCCUGAGAUUUCUUCCUAUUCUUUGCACUGACAGGGAGCCGUCUGUGCGAAGCAUGAGACAAAACCUUGCCUCUGUAAUUCUUCGUCUACUUGGUAGCAGGGUUGUGCAUGAGGAUGCAGACAUUUCGGUGAAUCCUGUGCCAUCUCUGCUGAGGAGGGAGGUGGAGUCAUCUUCUGAUGUUGCUUCUACUGCAUGUGUGGAUUCUUCUUCUAGGGGUCUGUUUGAUCGUUUGUUUUUGGUUUUGCACGGGUUGUUAAGUAGUUAUCCUCCAAGUUGGCUUAGGCUGAAGCCUAUUACAAAGACGAGCAACGAACCUACUAGGGAAAUUUCUGUAAUUGACCGAGAAUUAUUGGAGACUUUGCAGAAUGACUUGGACCGUAUGCAACUGCCAGACACUAUACGGUGGCAUAUCCAAGCUGCAAUGCCCAUACUCUUUCCCUCUAUGCGGUGCUCCUUAUCCUGCCAGCCACCAACUGUGUCAAACAGUGCUCUUGUUUGUUUUCAACCCAGCAAUACAAAUCCUGGGAUUAACUCCAGUGGUUCAACUAUACCUCAGAGGAACUUGGUUCUAUCCAGGGUUGCAGCUAAUGCAUCUGGGAAGUCAAAACAACAGGACAAUGAUUUGGAAAUUGAUCCUUGGACGCUUUUAGAAGAUGGUGCUGGAUCUUACCCUUCUGCUGGUAAUACUGCUAGCAUAGGAAGUGGUGAUCAUGUUAAUAUUCGAGCUGCCAGCUGGCUUAAAGGGGCUGUAAGGGUGAGGCGGACAGACCUUACAUAUGUUGGUGCAGUGGAUGACGAUAGCUGAUUAACGAUAAUUUUUUGUUGGUUUGGAAUAUACAAACCCCUCAGCAAGUGCAUUUGCAGUUUCAGUAUUCAUAUUGGAUGCAUGAAUGGCAUGAAGAUUCCAUUUUGUGCAUGCCCUUCUUGUGUUGAAGUUGAAGGGAAGUUGAGGGGGCAUUAUUUUGAAAAUGGGUGAAGGAUUGGAUGGGUUCUAAUUCAUUGUUGAAGAGAAGAGGUGAUGUCCUCACAGGUCAUCCUUUGGGUUCUGGCCUGGUUGACUACUAACCUGUUGAUCACCCCCAAUCUGGAUUGUGCACUUCGUGCACAGUUCAGAAGGUUUGUUGUAUAUAUAGGGAUCAUUGUUUCACUUUACCAAUUGAUCUGAGUAAUAUAAUCUCAAGUGAUUUGUAGCUGUUUCAUGCUCAUUUUUAUUUGUCUAGUGCACCCUUGUGUGCGCAGUGUCUAUAUAUCUUUCAGGGGCGCAAGCACACACAAGGGCACUCAACCAUUGUUUCUUUCCACAUAUUAAGAUUAUCAAAAUUAUGUGCUUGAUAUGUAGCAUUACCAUAAUAUUUGCUGACAAGUCCAGAGAUAAUUUCAUUUUUACCUGAAUAUUUUAUCAGGAAAAAAAAUUAUGUAUGCACGAGUAGCGAGGGAAAAUUUUGUUAGGUUUGAUAAAUACACACAUUUCUGU